UGAUAGUGAAUGGUAUAAUUCGUGAUCAGUCCGCUCGCAAUAAUAACCACUGGCAUUGGCAUUUGAUGUGUUGAUAAACGAUAGUGUUGACACUUCCAUAUGACAUGCCUGCUGUUCGGUUAAUCGCAAACGGUUCUCGUUCUGAUUGAAAUGCAAUCGUUCUGACCAAAAGACAAUCAGAGCGAUUGUACGGUGUCGAGCGGCGAGUUUGCACGAUUAAACAUGGAUGAGGGUAACAACGAGAAGCAACAUGACGAUGACCAGGGCGCGGGGGACAGCAACGAUAACGCGAAACGCAUGAAGACUGAGGAGAAAUCGGAGGAGUCCUCCAGUUCGUCGAACAAUACGGAACAGGAGUCGGCCAGCACCAGCGUGGACAGCGGUUUCCCACGGAGCAGGAAUUCCAAAUACAGGAACUACAGGACGAGAACGCAGGAGGCCAACAACGAUGAAGACAGCCCGGAAUCGGAUCGCAAUUCGGACUCUGCGGAAUUGGAACCCAUGGAGGCCGACAACGUGCCAGAUCGUCCAGCUUCAAGUCCAGAUAGUUCCGAUUCGACCGUAAUCAUAUCGGAAAGCGACAUUGAUUCCGAGUCCGAAGAAUGUUCUGUUUUGAAGAAGAAAAAACCUAAACAUAACUGGUUUGUUAUACAAGAAGUGCUCAACCGACAAGUGGGACACAAAGCGAAGCUACAGGGUUCGGAGCUGUUCCAGCGCCGAUGUUACGGUUCGUUACGUAGCGUGCAAAGAUUAGAGCUCAUGUACAAGCUGGAGGAGCACGACGGCUGCGUCAACAGCUUAAACUUUCACCCGGACGGUUCCCUACUGGCCAGCGGUUCGGACGAUCUAAAGGUGUGCAUAUGGGAUUGGAAGAUCGGCAAGUGCAUGCUCAAGUUCGACACCAAGCAUCGCGGCAACGUUUUCCAGAGCCGGUUUUUGAACUUGACCGGCGAUUUACACAUUGCAACCUGCGCCAGAGACGGACAAAUUCGUCUUGUAAGGGUGGCACGCGAAGAAGGCGUGCGUGAAAAUCGCAAGAUGGGCUCGCAUCGCGGCCCCUGCCACAAAUUGACUGUGCUCAAGGAUCAGCCGCAGGUGUUCAUGAGCGCGGGGGAAGACGGUUUGGUCCUCAGUCACGACGUGCGUCGUCAGAAACCUACCAAAGUUGUGAACGUCAAAGAGAGCGAACGGGAGGUGGCCCUUUAUAGCAUCCAUAGUCAUCCUUUGCGCACCAACGAGUUUGUGGUCGGCGGUAGACAUCACAUGGUCCGCACGUACGACAUGAGAAAAACGGAUCAAACUCUGGGCCGGUAUUAUCCUUUUGAAGGGUCCGACAGUCAUGAGUUCGGUAGCCUCCACGUGACAUGCGCAGUAUACAACCAUGAUGGUUCUGAAAUACUUGCCUCAUAUAACGAUGCAGACAUUUAUCUGUUCGACGUAAACGCUAGCAAGCGUGGUACUUACAUGCAUCGUUAUCAGGGCCACAGGAACGGCGCCACCAUCAAAGGUGUUAACUUUUUUGGACCGAAGUCCGAGUUUAUUGUUAGCGGUUCAGAUUGCGGCAACGUGUUCUUUUGGGAGAGGAACACAGAGGCGAUAGUGCAGUGGAUGUUCGCCGACAACAGCGGAGUGGUGAACGUUUUGGAGCCGCAUCCGCAACUACCCUACAUCUGCACUAGCGGCCUCGACUACGACGUAAAAGUGUGGGUGCCAAGCAGCGAACAGGAGCCGGAGAUGAAACAGUUGCCGCAAUGCGUGAUGGACAACACGAGAUCGAGGGUACUGUGGACGUCGGGCGGCGGUUCCGGCAACGAGGUGCUCGAAUCUAGGAUGCUAUGGAUGCUGUGGCGGCACUUGCACCUAAACCGUUUCCGGCGAAUGGCACAGGAUGAAGGCAAUGCUAGCAAUCUGCUGGCUCAACUGAUGGAUAGUAGUUCUGGGGAUUCAUCAGGAAAUUCGAGCUCACAUGAUGACGAUGAUGAUGAGGAGAACGACGGAAAUCCGGCCGGAUGUUCUACUUCUUAAUCGCCAUGUUUUAUUUUGCCCCCGCCGUUUUUGGAAUUGGACAUUUGGACGUUAGAGAACGUUAAUACAUACAACGAACGGUCCAGAAUAAAACCUGGUACAAUUUCAUGUUUUUUAGGGUUUGUUGUUCUGUGAUGAGUGCGUCUGUGAUGUUUGAGAAACAUUCGAAAGUGUGACAAUGAUUGAUAAUUUAAAACUUAUUAGCUAAUUAAAUACGAUAAAUAUUCACAGAACGGCAAAAAUGUAAUCAAAAUUCAUUUCAACUUCUUUUUUCUUUUAAAACAAAUUCUUAUUGGCCAGGCUUUAAUUCUGUGAAGAAUUCUGUGUUAAUUUUGUCUUUGUAUUUAGUAUGAAAUAGAUAUAAAUGACAAGUCUGUUAUCAAUGUAAAAAAUAUGUCGUUAUAUAAAAUAUUUGUUUAGUUCAUAAACAAAUGUAAAAUGAGAUUAUUUUAUUAUCAUAUUUAUUAACUUCUAGCUAAUAAAGAUUGUAAAUUUUU